GGGAGUGGGGAUACAGAAUGAUUGAAUGUUGUUGACAGCAGGAUUUUUUAGGUUAUGACAUUAAAUUGUAGGAUAAUAGUAAUGAUAAUUAAUUUAAGUAUUAUAUAUUAUUUUCUACAGUCAGAAAAAUGAGUUUUCUGAAAUGUGCAUCUUUAUUUGCUUUUCCUUUAAAUUUACGGAGCUGCAGGAACGUUCCCAAACAGUUUUUCAAUAAAUUUUACUGUACUCUGUCUCCUUAUAACAUCAAUUUGGAGUUGAAUGGAACAUCUUUGAAUAACUAUAUCAAGAAACUCGAGAAGGAGUAUGAGUUACUUAACCAAUCAAACACACACCGAAGCAGGUGGAUAGAACUGCAACCAGUAAUGCAAUUAUUAGAAGACCGCAGGAAUAUAGUUCAUAAUAUAGAUAACUUGAAGGAUUUAUUGUCGGAAAAUGACAAUGAAAUGCGGAAAUUAGUUGAAGAGGAGAAGAGCGUUUUAGAGGGCCAAAUAAAAGAAGUUGAUGAGAAACUCCUACAGGCUCUGAUACCUACCAACAAAGAAGAUAUAUGUGAUGCCAUUGUUCUAGAAGUGCAAUCAGGAGUCGGAGGUCAAGAAGCAAUGUUGUUUGCUAAAGAACUAUUUGAGAUGUACUGCAAAUAUGCUGAAUACAAAGGUUGGGAAGUAGAAAUUGCGGAUUAUGUUGAAACUGACUUAGGUGGUAUCAGGUAUGCCACAGCCUUGAUAAAUGGUCCAUCGGUGUAUCGAUACAUCAAACACGAAGCGGGUGUGCAUAGAGUCCAACGCACUCCUGCAACGGAGAAAGCAGGACGAGUUCACACCAGUACUGCUUCCGUUAUAGCUCUACCCCAGCCCACAGAUAUUGAAGUAAGCAUCAACCCAAAUGAUUUGAAAAUUGAAACAAAGCGUUCUACUGGUGCGGGGGGUCAACACGUGAAUACAACUGACAGUGCUGUCAGAAUAGUCCAUCUUCCUACAGGUGUGGCUGUAGAGUGUCAAGUGGACAGGUCGCAAAUCAAGAAUAAGAAGAUGGCAAUGGCUCGUCUGAAAGCGAUUUUGUAUCAGAAAAAGCUAGAUGCGCAAAACGCGGAUAUUGAAGCUACAAGAAAAAGUCAAGUCAGGACUAAGAAUAGAAAUGAAAAAAUUAGAACCUAUAACUUCAAUCAGGAUCGCAUAACCGAUCAUAGGAUUGGGGCUAAUUUACAUAAUAUGAAAGUGUUUUUCCUGGGUGGUGAACCUUUAGACAAUUUGAUUCAGGAGCUUGAUGAACAUUAUUGUGUAGAGAAUCUAUUGAGUAUUGUUAAAGACACAUAAAAAAUAGUUGUUUUAUUUCAUUGAUGAAUUUUAUGUCAUUUCAUCAAAGGAAAACAAAUUCGAAUUGAAUUUUUAGAUAUAAUCCCAUUUUUGGAGUUGCUAUAGAUUUUGUAAUUGAAAUAUAUUAACAAAAAGUAAUAAGUAUAGUGAUGCCAUAAUUACAAGUCCCUUAAGAUAAAAAAGGGGGCUGCUAAUUAAAUAAUGUUCCACA